UAAAAGAAUUGCCUCUCAGCUACGAAUAUUCUCUAUCAAAUGUCAAACAGUUACCAGAAAAUGGAUAGACCACAAGUUAGACAUAUCGGCAGUUAAUUAUCAAAAUAUAAAACUAUAAGAAGGUAAAUAUCAAAGUAGCUAUAUUUGUGAACGUUCUCAAUAAUCUAAAAAUGGAAGCUGUUGUCCUAGAAAACGUGACCCAUCACUCGUCAUAGCUAAAUGGAGCUUUGGUUCUGACAUGGAUCUACUGGAGAGAAAGAAGUUAACACGGUAUCUCAUUAACAAGCAGAAUUGAAUGUGCCACAUCAUGGUGAAAGGAUUUUAAAAUAGACUUGGCGAUGAAAAUGUGAUGCUUGAGCACUAUUUUAUACACAGCAGACUAACAGUUUGAUUUAGAAUCCAGAUUUGGGGAAUAUGAUGCCAGCGAGGACAUCGAUUAGCCCACAAUUUACUUCAAAUUUAUAUAUGUAAAAUAAUGUUAGUGGUUUAAUGUAUUCGUCGUGCACCAUACACAUGUCAAUAUAAAUGACGCACAAUGUUAUUUAUGAGACUAUAUAUUGCAAGAAAUCUAUAAAUUAUAUGAAACAGGACAAAAUGGACCAAUUCGAACAUUACAGAUACACAGAUAUUUGCAUUAACGGCAUAGAUUUGUUUUCUUCGUGUAACACAAUCGCCUGGGUUAGAACAGUAUCAGUGUUUCAGUAGACGGUUAAUACGAAUACAUAUAGAAAGCGCCUCACACGUUGUAACUCUACUGGUUGAGAUCUGGGAUUAAGAAACUUCUGUAUAUCUACAGCUAUUUAUUUCAAACAGAAGGACUUCAAGUGUGUUUUAUACAGAAUUGAGUAUAUGAAUACAGAUUUGUGACGAGACAAAUUUAUUUCAAACUCUAGAAGUGAAUUUUAGUGUACAGUACAGAAUUAAGUUAGAACCGAGACUAUUAUUUUCAAACAGCAAAAGGACGCUAAGUGUGCAUUGUACAGAAUUGAGUAUAUGUAUACAGAUCUGAGACGAGACAAAUUUAUUUUAAACUGUAGAAGGACUUCAAGUGUAAUUUUAGUAUACAGUACAGAAUUAAGUUAGAACCGAGACUUAUUUUGAUUCCAAACAGAAGAAGGACUUUGAGUAUAUAUACGUAUCUACUACAGAAUUUAGUAUAUUCAUUCAGAUCUGAGACUACAAAAGUUGCGCGUAUUCAUAGCUACUUAUUGCAGACAGUAGAAGGACAUUAGUGUAUCUAGUACCGAGUUGAGUAUUUUAAUUCUGAUUCCAGACUAAGAAAGCUUCAUAGCUAUAGAAGUACUUCGAGUAGGUAUAUUUAUUUGAACCAGUAGAAAGACAUAUAUAGGUAUAUAUAUAUAGAAGUUAAUGUACUAAUUCAGAUCAAUAGAGAAUUGUGCCAGCGGUGAAUUGAAACUGUGAUUGGGAAUAAUAAUCAACCCGAUCAUAACGUAUAUUAUUCAGAGGAAACGCACGACAAUUAACCGAUUGCCUCUAACGGCUCGUUAUUUAUAACCGCUUCAAAUACAAUUGUCGCGCCUCACCGUGAAAUCGCUUCAUUGUUUUGAAUCUGUCGUGGAUUGAACAUUAUUGAAGCCGUGGUACUUGUAAUAUACCCAUGAAAUGGAGUAACAAGGGACAGGGAACCAACCUGCUUGCAAAUUGGAACAUGGAUUUAAUACAAUUGAACAUCGGUGGUAAAAUAUUUGUAACAACUCGAUCAACAUUAUCAAGAAUUCCGAACACAAAAUUAUCAGAUCUAAAGGAAAGUUCUGUUCAUUACCGAAGUGCCCACAAAGAAUUUUUCUUUGAUCGAGACCCCGAGGCCUUUGCGUGUAUCCUGAAUUAUUACAGGACUUCCGAGUUACAUUUGUCCCAUAAACUCUGCGGAAAUGCCAUCCGAAGGGAAUUGGAAUUUUGGGGAAUGGAUAUAAGCAUAGUUUCAAGUUGUUGCUGGAAGCGCUUGUUCGAAGUUGACGAAGAUGAAAAAGUUUUGAAUAAUUUAAAAGAAGGAAUCGCGGAUGAAAGUGGUCUGUUAGAUAAUAACAAUUCUACUAAAAGUAAAAGACAUCUUCUGAAACACAGAAUCUGGUUACUGUUAGACAAGCCGAAUUCAUCAACCGCAGCUAAGAUAUGGAAUUGGAUAUUUCUGGUAUUGGUGUUUCUAUCAGCAGGUAUAUUCUGUCUGGAAACUAUUACAUCUUUUAGAUUACCAAAAGACACAGACAAGUACCAUACUGAUUUCAACGUGACGAAUCCCAAAGUCCGGGAAUUCAUAUCUACCCAACUUCACCCAGCUUUAAUGAUCACUGAAGUCAUUUGUUUAAUGGUUUUCACGAUUGAGAUAGCUCUCAGGUGGUUUUGUUGUCCCGCACCUCUGAAAUUUGUGAUGUCGUUUCUGAACGUCGUUGAUAUCAUAACAGUUUGCGUGGGCUGGAUGGCAGUGACUAUAGAACUGUAUUACUUUUUGACUGGUAACACAGAGACGAUGACGAUCGCGUACGUUUCGUUUGGGUUAAGAUGUUGUUAUAUUCUUCGCUUGUUCCGUUUCUUCCGAUUGAAAGAAAAAUACACAGGGUUGAAGGUCAUGUGGCUCGCCAUUGUACAGAGUAAAGACGAACUUGUGUUGCUGGUCAUCUCCUUUCUUAUCCUAUCCACUAUUUUGGGCUCAACCACCUAUUAUUGUGAACUGGAAAACUCGGCAUUUUCGUCCAUUCCGCAAGCAAUAUGGUGGGCUGUUGUUACCAUGACGACGGUGGGAUACGGUGAUAUAUAUCCUGUUAGUGCUCCCGGGAAGAUUGUGGGCACCGUGUGUAGCUUAUGUGGUCUAUUGAUCAUAUCGAUGCCUAUAGCGAUAAUCGCUGCCAAUUUCAACCAGUACCACAAUCACAACAAACAGUUUCAGAGGAUUAUGGGGGAAAAGAAGAGGUCAAAAAUAAAGUAUGCAUCAUCGCGAGGAAUCAACACGCAGCAGACUAAUCUUACUAGCUACUGAACCUAUGAGUACCGUGUACUUAUAAAGAUUAAAUUGAACAGCUUGUAUUUCUAAAACAACCAAAUAAUGGUAAUGAUGUCUGGAUCUUUAACUUUUCCCUUGAACUAGCAUUAAGCACCAUUAGCCUUCCAAAGAUAUUUGUUAGACUUAUAUAUUGUUUGGGUUUGCAUUACAGGACCAAAAUAGUAUCCACAGAGAACUAUCUGAGUUGAGAAUAGAUCUCUGCACUGAACGGCUGCCAUAUUAGUAUUCUGUGUUGUAAUGCGGUACUGACCCCCUUUUACAACUUUCAUACACACACAAUGACUAAAUUAACAUUUUAAAUUUAUUAAAUGGAAGCAGAAAAAGUACUACCCAAAAUUCCCGAAGUAUACUUAUUGGUGGAAUUGAAAUGUCAGUCAACAUCUUCAUGUCUGUUCUCAAUCGAAACCAAUUCUACACAGACAGCCUAACUCUCGUAUGCCAUACAUGUUCAUCUAACUUUUGCAGCACUGAGAAAAAUUUGACAAAAUCACUAAUUAUACGAGAAGAAAAAAAAAGAAUUGUGAUAGACGACUCUGCAAAAUAUGAACGCCUUAUUAUUUAUUUGCGAAUAUUCGUAGCUUUCUAUGGCUUGUCGUUGAAGACAGAGUCACUUGAACUCAGAUUAAAGUUACUAUAUUUUAGAAAAAUAAUUAUUUGUAAUUACUAUAUAAUGCACUGUAAUUAUACGAUUAAAAUCAAAAUAAAGUCACGUAAAAGUUGUA